AUGUGGCUCUCUCAUCCUUCUUUUAUGCAAGUGGUGUUAAACUCCUGGAAUGGAGAAACAGUUGGAAAUCUUAUUUUUGUUUUCAUGAAUAAACUUAAAAGGCUCAGAAAGAUUUUUAAAAUCUGGAAUUGGGAGGUCUUUGGUGAUGUGAAAGUUAAUCUGACAACUGCUGAAGAAAAAGUUAUGGCAACUACCUUUGCAUCUGAUAAUAAUCCUUCUGAUAUUAAUCUGCUAGACAAGUUGGUAACUGCUAGAGAUGAAUAUGAUAUUGCUGCAAACAAUUAUCAUACUUUUCUGAGGGAUAAAUCUAGACAAAAAUGGAUUCAAGAGGGUGAUAUUAAUUCAAAUUUUUUUCACACAAGUAUUAAAUUGAGACAACAACAAAAUUCCAUUGCUGAAAUUGAAAACAAUUAUAGUAAUAUUAUAUCUAACCAACAGGGUAUUUCCAAUGUAUUAAUUGAUUACUUUAGUAAGAAGUUUGAAUACCAGCCUACCCACGUUAAUGAUUCUAUCUUUGAUGUUGUUCCUCAUAUUCUUACUGAAGAUGAUAAUUGUUUCUUAGAACAAACUCCUGAUGUUGAUGAAAUUAAAACAACAGUUUUUGAGCUUAAUCAAGAUGGUGCUCCAGGUCCAAAUGGAUUCAUCGGUGUCUUCUAUAGAGCAACUUGGGACAUCAUCAGCUAUAAUUUGGUGGAUGCUAUUCAGUUUUGUUGGCAGAACAACUUGAUUCCUAGUGGUAUGAAUUCAAAUUUCCUUGUUUUAAUUCCUAAACUUAAAGGUGCCAAAAAUGCAAAAAAUUUCAGACCUAUUGGAUUAAGCAAUUUUUGUUUUAAGAUUAUCAUCAAGAUUAUUACUGUGAGACUUAGCAAAUUUAUGCAUGGAAUUAUCUCUCCACAACAAUUUGCAUUUAUUAAGCGUAGGAAUAUUCAUGAACAAGUUCUUCUUGCUUCUGAGUUAGUUAAUGAAAUGUCUACUACUAUAAGAGGAGGGAAUUUGAUUCUCAAGUUGGAUAUAUCACAAGCUUAUGAUACUAUGAACUGGGAAUUUGUUUAUAGAACUAUGAAGAAACUUGGUUUUUCAGCAAAAUUUUGUAACUGGAUCUUGGUGCUUCUUUAA